AUGGGAAUCGGAGAACCCCUCGAUAAUAUUAUGUUUCUGGCGAGACUUCUUGGUUUGGGAAAGAAUCAGCCGUUGGACGACUCGAAACUCCAAUUGGAGAUGCUUGUGCAGAUUAUGACAAAGCUUCCACCUGACAGCAGACUUUUGUUGGAAUUAGAGAAACUCUUUGUUUCACUUUUAUGGUCCGAUAUUUCUAAACCGCCGACCAUGUUGGCCAACGAUUACUAUCGUUCUGCUGACGAUCCAUCAAUCAAUAAGGUUUCAUCCUAUUUGGAUCUGUCCCCGCUUUAUGGUCGAAAUGUGGAAGAACAAAUGAGUGUUAGACAGGGGCGACUUGGUCUUUUAAAACCUGAUACAUUCUUUGACCAAAGAAUAAUCUUGCAGCCUCCCGGUGUUUGCAGUUUUUUGAUUUUAUUUUCGCGCAAUCAUAACUACAUCGCAAAGCGUCUCUUGCAAAUUAACGAACGUGAAAGAUUCAGUGUCAAAAAUCCCAAUGACAAAGAGGAAUUGAAAGUUCAAGAUGAAAAUUUAUUCCAGACCGCAAGACUUAUCAACU